AUGAACUUUGAAAAAGGCUCAGUUCAACUUGCUCUGUCGCACAGUCCUGAUUCAUCCGUUGGAGUCUUGCUACGUGGUCGACUAUCCAAAAUCCUGGGAGUUAGCGAAAAGGGCAGAAAUAACGCCAAGGAGGCUGUGGAAAAGUUCAAAUCGGCGAGGGACGAUUUUCAAGCAUUUUUGAAGGGAGAAAACGCGACUGAGUUCAAUAAGUUGGAGCUGGCGUCGAUGCUGUAUCUACUGGGAAGUACAGUCAACGAUCAAGAACUGUUUCAGAAAAGUAGUGAUUUGUGCAAUGAAAUAAAAGAGCGAGGGCUAAGCCCAUCAUCGACGCUGCUUUUGGCACAGAACCAACUCCGAUUAGGACGAGUACAGACUGGAAAAAACGUCCUCAUGGAUCUCGUCGGUCAUAAAAACAACCCUCUCAGUGCAGUUGCGUUCCGAUUUUACCUUGAGCACCUGAUCGAUUUCGUGACAAAUCAGGUGGAAGAGCAAGAAGAUGCCAUACCCGAGCUCGAGGAGCUAGAAUCCUUGCUGGCGAUUGUGGAUGACUCAUCAGAAUCGAUCAACGAAGAGCUUCGAAAAACCGUCAGAAGAAAUCCAGAAGGGGUGAAAAAAUUCAUCCAAAUUUGCCUCAUCAACAAAAAUUUCCGCCUUCUUAAGUUUUUAUCCAUCAUGCUUUGA